AUUUUAAAUUGGAGCACAGACAGAAGCAGGUCAAGUCAGAUGCCAAAUGUGACAAAUGGUAAUAAUGUGUUUCAAACACUGGGUCAAUCCCAAGACCCAAUAAAAUAUGAGAGAGAGUCUCCUGACCUAUCAGAGCCCACUGAUUCUGCAAACGGAUCACAUGGGUUAAACAUUAGUGUUGGUGAGUUCGACAGAUCAGUCACGUGCUCUGAGUGUGGCAAACUAUUCCGUAGUAGAGGAAAUCUCUGUCGUCACAUGACUCUGCACAAGGGAGAGAAGACGUUUGUGUGCUCUGAGUGUGGGAAAAGCUUUGCUUAUAAGUACAACUUUCUUAAACACCAAAAGGUUCAUAAAGGUGAGAAACCAUUUAGUUGCUCUGAGUGUGGGAAAGCCUUCAGCACAAAGGGGAACCUUAAUGACCAUAUGAUGAGUCACACAGGAGAAAAACCAUUUCAUUGUUCGGAAUGCGGAAAAUCCUACAGACGUAAGCAGUACCUUGUGGGUCAUAUGAUGCUGCACACUGGAGAGACGCCCUUUACAUGUACAGAGUGUAGGAAACAGUUUACUAAUAAAUGCAACUUCCUCAUCCAUAUGGCACAGCACACAGGGGAGAAACCAUAUAGCUGUUCCGAGUGUGGAAAACGGUUUCCUCAAAAGGGGCAGCUCCUGUCCCACCAGAUGAUUCACACUGGGCAGAAACCGUUUGCAUGUGAGGUGUGUGGGAAAAGCUUUGCUCUUAAGAACUCACUUGCAGUGCACAAAAGGGAUCACGUACGUGAGAAACCUUACACCUGUACAGAGUGCGGGAAAAGCUUUAUGUUCCAGAGUGCCCUUCUCACUCACCGCAUUGCUCACACGGGGGAGCGACCGUUCACGUGUACAGAGUGUGGGCAAAGCUUUGUGCGAAAGGGGCACCUUUUGUCUCACCAUAGAGUCCAUACAGGGGAGAAACCUUACUUGUGUACGGAUUGUGGAAAGAGCUUUCCUCAUAACUACAUGCUUCUGAUUCACAAGAAGAUCCACACGGGUGACAGACCUCACACAUGUGCAGAGUGUUGGAAAAGUUUUAUACAAAAGGGGCAACUUACAUCUCAUCAAAGAACUCACACAGGAGAGAGACCAUAUACAUGCACUGAAUGCAGUAAAGGAUUUUCACGAAAAUAUCAGCUGCUUUGUCACCACAAGUUGCACACAGGGGAGAAACCUUUUAGGUGUCCAGUUUGUGGUAAAGGCUUUACUCACAACUACGUGCUGCAGCAACAUCAAUUAAUUCAUACAGGUGAUAAACCGCACACAUGUACAGAGUGCGGCAAAAGCUUUUUACAUAAGAGACAGCUUCAUUCUCAUCACAUGAUCCACACGGGGGAGAGACCUUUCACAUGUCCAGAAUGUGGUAAAUGCUUUGCUAGGAAACAUCAGAUGCAAAUUCAUCACAGGUUGCACACAGGGGAGAAGCCUUAUACGUGCACAGAGUGCGGGAAAUGUUUCACAAGAAAUGAGCGACUCCAAACGCAUCAGAAGGUUCACGCCAGAGUGAAAGAAUUCCCAUGUACAGAGUGUGACAAAACAUUUUAUCAUAGGAGCGCGCUCGUCAAGCACUUGUGCGGUCAUGUAACUGGCAGUAAUAUAAAACCUUGUGUACCAGCAGAAUCUAACAGAUGAUAAUUAUUUCACAGCACAAUAAGAAGAUGCAGUGUAAUAAAUACCAUAAACAAAA